UUGAGAAAUAAAAUAAAGAAGAUCGGAAAAUGUCAGUUAACUACGCUAGACAAGCAGGAAAAAUCCUUUGUAUUGGUAGAAAUUAUGUUAAUCAAUAUUCAGAAUUGUCAUCGUUGAAAAAUGUUCAGCCAUUUUAUUUUUUAAAGCCAUCAUCAUCUAUUUUGCUUCCAAAUGAAGGGCCGGUUUUGAUUCCAAAGGGAGUUGUUGUUAACCAUGAAAUUGAGUUGGUGGUGGUUAUGGGAAAAACGUUGAAAAAUAUCGAUCCAAAUAAUUUCAGUGAUCAAGAUGCAUUAGAUUCAAUUAAAGGAUAUGCUUUGGCAAUUGAUUUUACAGCAAAAAAUGUUCAAGACGAGGCAAAGAAAAAGGGACUCCCAUGGUCUAUCUCCAAAGGAUUUGAUACGUUUUGCCCAUUAAGUUCGUUCAUCCCCAAGGAAAAAAUCCCAGAUCCAUACAAAGCCAGGCUCCAUUUUGAGAUUAAUGGCGAAACCAAGCAGGACGAUUAUGUUGAGUUGAUGAUCACCAGAAUCAACAAGAUCAUGAGCGAAAUGUCGUCAAUAAUGACGUUGGAAAAGGGCGACUUGAUUCUCACUGGCACACCCAAGGGCAUUGGCUCCGUUGCAGUGGGGGACCAUAUAGAAAACAGCCCUUCCUAUCCAGAUGAUUUCUUGCCUUAUUCUGCUGAACAUCUUAGCUCUCUUCACGAUCCAAAAUCAAUAUUAAAAUUUAUACAGCUUUUGAAUGGAAAGACAAUUUACGACUUUUUCAACAAUUUGAAAACUGAUCCUAAAAAUGGUCUAUCGUCAGAAGAACUAUCUUCUUCAUCUCUAUUAGACCAAAGAAUAUCAAGAUAUGGCCAAAACAAAAUCCCCGUCACUCCUCCAAAAUCAUUCUUCACCUUAUGCUGGAUUGCUCUUCAGGAUAAAAUUAUGAUCAUUUUAACCAUUGCUGCUGUUAUCUCUUUAUCCCUAGGUUUGUAUGAAACCUUUGGUGAAGACCCCGAACUCGAUGCUCAAGGAAAAAAAAUUCCCCAAGUCGAAUGGGUUGAAGGUGUUGCAAUUCUAGUCGCUGUCGCCGUUGUUGUUUUAGUUAGUGCCGCAAAUGACUUCCAAAAAGAAAGACAAUUUGCAAAACUAAACUCCAAAAAAGAAGAUCGUGAUAUUAUUGUCAAUAGAAAUGGUAUUGAAUGCUACAUUUCCAUCCACAACAUCGUCGUUGGUGACUUAAUCAAAUUGCAGACCGGUGAUGUUGUCCCUGCUGAUUCCAUUCUUGUAGACGGAAAAUGUGAAUGUGAUGAAUCAAACAUUACUGGUGAAUCCCAAACCAUCAAAAAAGUCUCUCUAGCUCCCGCCCUCGAAAAAUACAAUAAAGAAUUUUCAAAUUCAACCGCUGAUAUUGGCUACGAAAAAAGAGUUUUGGAUCCCUUUAUGAUUUCUGGCACAAAAUUGAUCUCUGGUUUAGGUGAUGCUGUCGUUACCGCCGUUGGCCCAAAUUCAAUGCAUGGAAAAGCAAUGAUGUCCCUUAAAGUCGAACCUGAUCCAACUCCAAUGACUGUGAGAUUAGACCAUUUGGCAAACGGAAUCAACAAAUUUGCCAUUAUCGGUGGUUGUAUCUUAUUCCUAGUUUUAAUUCUCAAAUUUUGCUCAGAAUUGCCUUCUGGCGGAAAAUAUCAUGAAUUGCCUGGAACUGAAAAGGGUACAAAAGUUUUGGAUAUCUUUAUCACUGCUGUUGCCUUAAUUGUUGUUGCUGUCCCCGAAGGUUUGCCCUUAGCUGUCACUUUAGCUUUGGCCUUUGCCACCACAAGAAUGGCAAAAGAUGGUAACCUAGUUCGUAUUUUAAAAGCUUGCGAAACAAUGGGUGGUGCCACUGCUGUUUGUUCCGAUAAAACUGGUACUUUGACCGAAAAUAGAAUGAGAGUUGUCAGAGGGGUUUUUGGUGGCCUAGAAUUUAACAACACCGGUACCCAUCAUGUUGUAAAUGAUAAAAUCAUUUUUGACGAUGCCAUUGAAGAAAAACAUCAAUCAAAUCAACCAGUUCUCAACACAUCAAAUGAUAUAAAACAAAAUUUAUCCUCCAAACUCAAAAAUUAUUUGCUCUCCAACAUUACUUUGAAUUCUUCUGCUUUUAGAAAUUUAGAACCUGCCAAUCUUAUCAGUAUCUCACCUAAAAAAUCAAAACGUUUUAGGCUAUUUAAAAAAAAAUCGGAACUUGUUUUUGCUGAAAAUUCUGAAAAAUAUAACGGUUCCAAAACUGAAAUUGCUUUAAUGUAUUUGGCCGAAGAUUUGUUUGAUAUGGAUGACUCAAAAAGCUUGGACUUUUUAAGAAAAAAUACCACUCAACUAAACAUUAAACGAAUUGUCCAAGUCAUUCCAUUCGAAAGUUUUAGAAAAUGGUCAGCUCUUGUAGUUGAAAAUGAUUCAGGUAAUUUUACAUUCUAUAUCAAAGGUGCUUCUGAAAUUGUUUUGUCCAAGUGUGGGUUUUAUUAUAAAAAUGAAAAUGAUGCUCUAGAUUUCUUUGAUGAAGAAUCUCUCUCUUUGAUGAACAAAAAAAUUGAAUUUUAUGCAGAUAAUGCCUUAAGAACCAUUUCCUUAGCUCAUAAAGAUUUUGAAAGCUGGCCCCCAUCUCCUAACGUAUUAAAUGAAGCUCGAACUGAAAUUGAUCCCGAUCUAUUUUUUGAAAGUCUUGUUGUGGAUAAUAAUCUUUAUGAUAAAUCACCAUUCGAAAAUGUUCCAACAAUUGUUGUUGCCGGUGAAGACGAUAAAUUUGACAAUAAACUAAGCUCCUUAGUUUUUGAUGGUUUAGUUGGUAUUCAUGAUCCAUUAAGAGAGGGGGUUGCCGAUGCUAUUACUCAAUGUGAAGCUGCAGGUGUAACUGUAAGAAUGGUUACAGGUGAUAAUAUUAUGACUGCUAGAUCCAUUGCUUUAGGCUGUGGAAUACUAACACCUGCCCUUUUGAGAAAUCCAAAUUCUUGUAUGGAAGGUCCUACCUUUAGAAAAUUGCCCAAGGAAGAAAUUAAAAGAAUCAUUCCUAUUUUGAAAGUUUUGGCCAGAUCUUCUCCAGAAGACAAAAGAAUUUUAGUUGAAAAUUUGAAAGAAAUGAAAGAAGUGGUUGCAGUCACUGGUGAUGGUACAAAUGAUGCCCCUGCUUUAAGAUUAGCCGAUGUUGGUUUUUCCAUGGGUAUUUCUGGUACUGAAGUUGCAAGAGAAGCAUCAGAUAUUAUUUUAAUGACAGACGAUUUCAGUGCAAUAGUUAAGGCUAUUAAAUGGGGUAGAUGUGUUUCAGUUUCAAUCAAAAAAUUUCUUCAAUUUCAAUUGACUGUCAAUAUUACUGCAGUUGUAUUAACAUUUGUUUCAGCAGUUGCAUCAUCGGAUAAUGAAUCUGUUUUAACCCCUGUUCAAUUAUUAUGGGUUAAUUUGAUUAUGGAUACAUUUGCUGCUCUAGCUUUAGCAACCGACAAACCUGAUGAUCACAUUUUAGAAACUAGACCGGAUGGAAGAAAAGCACCAUUAAUUGCUGUUUCAACGUGGAAAAUGAUUCUUGGUCAAUCUUGCACUCAAUUAAUUGUUACAUUUGUUUUGCACUUUUGUGGUGAAAGAAUAUUCUUUGAUGGAGAAGCAACUGGAUAUCAAAAACAACAAUUGCAUGCAAUGACAUUCAAUACAUUUGUGUGGCUUCAAUUAUGGAAAUUAUUUGUCACUAGAAAAUUGAAUGAAGCAGAUGGUAUUAAGAGAGUGAGAGACAGAAUUACUAUGAGAAAUUUAAAUUUUUUCCAAGACUUGUUUAGAAACUACUAUUUCCUUGCCAUUGCAGUAUUGAUUGCUGGUAUUCAAGUUUUAAUCAUGUUUGUUGGCGGUACAGCAUUUUCAGUUACUGAUCAAACUGGUGCAAUGUGGGGCACAGCAAUUAUUUGUGGUAUGUUGUCUUUACCAGCAGGUGUUAUUAUUAGAAUAAUUCCUGAUGAAUGGGUUAUGAAGAUUUUCCCAUCAAGAUUAUUCAAGUGGACCGUUUAUUUUUUGUCAUUUGAUUUUAUUAGAAAAAGUAAGAAAUCACCUAGAAGCAAAAAUAGAAAAAAUUAUGAUGACCUCAAUAAUACUAAAGAUCUUGAAGCUAGUAAUAAUAAUAAAGAAUUAGGUAAAGACGAAACAGAACAAGAAAGAAGCAUAUUUGGGUUGAAAUUCACAAGAAAAAGAAAAAAUUCAGCAUUGUCAGAUAAUACAUGUAUAUGCAAUAAAGAUGAAGAAAAGGGAUUCUUUGAAGAAAAUGGACAUCUUGGAUUGCCUUCAAAACCUGGCAAUCAGUCAUCUUCUUCAACUAAAAAUAGUAUAAGUCCAAGUGACAUUUCAGCAACAACCGCCGUCAAUUAGAAUAGUUUGAUAAAUUAAUAAAUUUAAAAAGUU